UUAGAUGUACAUACAAUUUGUUUGUCAAUUCAACCUUAAUUGUGUUGGUUGUUUAAUUAUUUAGAGCUGUAUUGCAAUCGUGAUUGAGUAGUUGUCAAUUAUUUGUAACCCAUUAUGCUGCAAAACUCCGCCGAUCUCAAGCACCUAGUCAUUACGUCGUGGAAGGAACGAUGGAGUGAAAAGAAAUGGUCCAUCCAUGUAAAGAAACUGAUGACAAGUCCGUCGGAUAUGCUUCACGUGUCAGAUGUAUUAGUAUCACAAUCUUUUAUUGGCAGUUCCCCCAAUGCGCUUUUGUUGCGUUACAUAUCAUAUGCGUUGGAAUGCGGACUGUUAUCUUAUGCGUCGGUUAUUACUGCUGUAUCAAAACAUGAGGAUUUAAGUAAAAUUGAAAGUACAAAAGCUGUUUAUGGUCUGUUGAAAGACUGUCUUCAGGUGGUUUGCAAAACAAGACUGAUGGAAGAUGCAAUGGAGUUAUGUUUUUCUCUUCGAAUGGUUUUGAAAUGGCUUCUACAAAACAUUGAACAAUGUCUCAAACGAGUAUGGGACAUGUAUGGUUCUACUGCAGAAGAAAUAAUUAAAUUGAACUGUGAUAUACUUAAACUUAUUGCUACAAAACCACGCACAUCAGGACUCUUAAUAAUAGCCAGGUUUGCUGAAGGGGGAGUGUGGAGUCAUAUUGAGACUGAUUUGGCUGUAAUCAAAAACUCAUCUGGUCAACAUCCUCUUCAUAGUGAGAUAAGUGCAUCUUGUCAUCAUGUGUCUCAGUUAUCAAAAUGUUCUAUUUCUCCCAAACCAGUUUACAAGCUGCCGGUGUCCAGCACAUUAUGUCAAUCUAUAAUGUCACUCAUUCUACUUGAAGUUGAAGAGCGAAAGUUGACAAACAUUGAAGCGAUUGUGCAGCAGUUAAUAUUACUGUGUAAUAUACAUGGUCUUUCAACCAGCAAUUUAAUCUACCAUCUGAUACAAACUUGUUUUAUGGGAUACCUCGAUUCAAGGGGUAAUGAUUUAGAGCAAGAGUGGUGUGCAAUGGUUUUCCUUCGUUUGCCAAAAAUAAUGGUCCAGUUAAAGGCUCAACUUACUGGCAGUGACUUUGAGUCUCCAAGCAAACUCUCAAGCAAGAAAAUUGCUCAAUUUGGAGUUGAUUUACAAGAGGCAUUAAAAAUGUUGCUUAAACUCGACAGUCUGUUAGACACUAUUGAUCAGAUAUGUGAUGGAAUAAACUGCUUAAAACUUUUAACUGAGCAGUUUGUAAAGAGAGAGCUGAUUACUGACGCUUAUCAUCAAGAUUUACAGAAUAUUAGAUGCUCAAUGAUAGAAAAUAUGCCAGUAAACAAUGUUAAAGAAAGGUGCCUAAAUCCGGUGAUCAUACUCAAGGCUGAAAAUAAUAUUGACCAGUUGGUGAAACUUUUAAGCUCCACUGAUUUUUCUGAGCCAGAGCGCCUGCUUAAUACCUUUGCAGGAAUGAUGUCAAUUCGUAGUUUUAGUGCUUUGAUCGCUGCUGCCACCACAACAGGUCAAUUGCCGGCUUUUGCCAAUGCUUUGAUUGACUGCAAUGAUGCAAUGAAGUCAUGCCCAGCAGAGACAUCAAAGAAUGCCCAAAUUCGAGCUGUGUUAUUUGACAUAACAUUUCUUAUGGUUUGCUAUAUGAUAAAGCUUUAUGGUAAAGAAACAACGGUUGGUUCCUAUAUAGUAAGAUCCAAAGAGGAAACUCCUAUAUUACUACAAUGGAUCAAUAUUUGGUGGACCGACAAAAUUACUCAAAUCAGCACAUUGAAAUCUGAACCUGAACCAAACAGAGUGGAAAAUUUAAUUCCAGUGUUAAGAAGUUCACAAGAGUUUAAAUUAAGCAUGACAAAGUGGAAUGAUAUUUGCAUGAACCUUCCGCAAUCUAUGAUAGAGUUGCUCACAGCACGACAGAAAGGAAUCAUUUCAAUCACUGAAGUGGUGCGUGCAUGUACUCUAAUAAAAGAUGGUUGUCCCCUAUCUGUUACACUGUCAGUGAUGGCAGCCGUUGCACGAUGUGCUCGACUUGUAGUAAGUCGCAAUGAUCACAUUCAAGUUUUAUCUGCUCUUACUGAAAAAAGCCCCACACAAGUACAGUCCCUGUCAAACAUGAUGUAUAAUGAACGGUUUGUCUUCUUCCAAUCGGUUUCUUCCUCAAUUAUGUCAGAUUUGUUGCCUGAAUUUGAACCAAAAACUUUAAACUUGGAUAAAACACUUCAUUGUACCUUGCUCAAGCAAACUUUUAUCGAAGCGAAUCAAGUUGGUUGGAUUAAUCAUGCAAUUAUUACUAAGUUCUUAGAUUGUUACAACAUGCUUGGUGUUUGUGGGUUCAUGAGACAAACUUUAAACCAAAUUCUGAAAGAAACUCAUCUGUGUGGUAUUACGAAUGCAGUUGACAUUGUAUUCGCAGUUAUGAGGUUUGAUAUAGUUUCUACAACAAUGUACUUACUAAAAUAUGGCCUACCCACCUUUUUUAAGACGAAUUCACGCCCAUUAGCAGCGCCGAUUGGAAGCGCAAUCGCAAAGCUAACAGUUGCAAGUCUUGAUAUAGCUUUAAACGAAAUCACUCUCCAGCAAAAAUCUCUUCUUCCCAAGUCAAGGAAACAAAACCCUAUGUUGCAAAACAUUGUCUUUGACAAACAACAAAAAGUUCGUAGACUGUUCAGCCAAACUGAGCACGAUCUUCCUCCUCCUGGAAGCACUCCUGGACUUCCUGCAGAGGAUCCUCUGAUCCAAGUCCUUUCCGACUUCAUGGAUCUUUUAUGGAACUCAAUGGAAUCCAAUGAAGGAGGUCCACAGGCAGAUUUCAUCUUUAAGUUCAUCAAGCUUUCAUUAGAAUCUUCAUCACUGCUUUCACGCACAGUGAAACUUCACAUUCCUGUUCCAAUGCUUUCCAAGUUGCGUUACCCACUAGCGAAAGACUCACAUGUACUUUUGUUUGCUGCUUCCGACAUGGGAAAUGAAGAAAUAAGAAAACUAGCUGCUCAUGCAAUUUGUGUGUUAGAUUCCUAAAUGGCUCUCUUUAUGCAAAAGUUUUUGUUUAGUGAAAUUGAUUUGUGAACUGUGUAUUCAAGUUUGAAAAUCUAUCUUAUCAUGCACAGCUUUGCUAAUGUGUGGUCUUUGGUGCAAUACCAAGAGUUUUAAUCAAAUGCAACAUGUUGUGUGAUUGUAUAUAAAUGUUAUACAGUAGGAAGUAGGAUUUAAAGUUCAUUUGUUCUGUAGAAACGUAUUGUUUACAUAAUAUUGCGUUUUAAAUAAUAAUUUACUGCAUUCAUAUUUAUAAAACAUUUUUUCUGGUUUAAUGAACGCUGUGUUAUUGCAGUAAUACUAAUUGGUGAGUGGGCCUAUUUUUUGUUAAACAAGAGAGCAUAGGUCUAAUCACUGACGACGUUUUUUCACUGCCACAGUUCGAUCAUCAAACGAAAUAAAACUGUUCUAUAAGGCCA